AUGGCUGCAGCUGCCACGGGCCCUAAGGACAUGUCAACUGCCAUUCUCAUUAGAGUGGAUCAAUCGGGAAAUGGAGAUUUUAAGAAGAUACAAGAUGCCAUUGAUGCAGUUCCAUCUAAUAACUCUGAAUUGGUUUUCAUUUGGGUCAAGCCAGGGACAUACAGGGAAAAAAUUGUUGUGCCUGCUGAUAAACCAUUUAUAACUUUGAGUGGCACAAAAGCCUCUAACACCAUCAUAACAUGGGGUGACACCCGGAAGAUACAUGAUUCUGCAACACUCUCCAUAUUGGCUUCCGACUUUGUUGGACGAUAUCUCGUAAUUCAGAAUACAUUUGGGACAUCAGGCAAAGCUGUUGCUCUUUGGGUAGCAGGAGAGGCUGCAUUCUAUGGUUGCAGAAUUCUUUCUUAUCAAGAUACUCUCCUGGAUGAUGCUGGCAGACAUUACUACAGCAACUGCUAUAUCGAAGGAGCCACUGAUUUCAUAUGUCGAAACGCUGCUUCCCUCUUUGAAAGAUGCCGUUUGCAUUCACUUUCCAAAGGCGGUGGAGCUAUCACUGCUCAGCAUCGGAAUUCUCCAUCAGAGGACACUGGCUUUACCUUCUUGGGUUGCAAGAUCACUGGUGUUGGAACUGCUAUUCUUGGAAGACCAUGGGGGCCUUACUCUAGGGUGGUGUUUGCCCUAACUUACAUGUCCAGUGUAAUUGUUCCACAGGGCUGGGAUGACUGGGGAGAUCAAAGCAAGCGCAGCACUGUGUACUACGGAGAGUAUCAAUGUUACGGUCCUGGGGCCAAUAGAACGAAGAGGGUUGAAUGGUCAAAAAGUCUAUCCAAUGAAGAUGCUGCACCCUUCUUAACUACGGACAUAAUUGGGGGGAAAGAUUGGCUUCGACCUGCACCAACUCACUUCAAGAGAGGCUCUACCAUUGUCACAGUGAAGGCUAAUGGAAAUAACUAG